GCCGAACUCACGCUAGCACGCGCUUCGUCCACUGCGGGCCGGAAUAGAGCGUUGUGCGCCUUUGGUAGUGGCGUUCUGUGCUUGCGGACCUGUUCAAGGCUCCGAGGGCUGAGCAGACUGAACGAGACAUGGCCGGCCGUAAGGCGCUGUCCCUGUGGCUUGCUGGCGAUGACGCCUGGACAGCGUCAAUGUCGGGUGUGAGGAACGGGUUGAACAGACAGGAAAUGUACGCAUGCCAGCAUCUGAAUGACAGCCAGCAACUGGAACAAACAAACAACCGUUCCCCUAAGCCGCGAACCCCACGCUCACCAUCACCAUGGUGCAAUACGUGCUUCUCAUCGCCAUCGCACUGACUGCACAAGCUGUCCUUGCUUUGACCAAACUCGCACGCAACAUCUCCAAAGCCAGAGCGACGGGCCUGCCCUACACGAUAUCCCCCAUCCACGAGCUCGAAGGGUGGGCUUACCUCACCGACCCGCUCUUGAGAUGGUGGUGCCGUAACCACCUGCUAAAGAAGGGCCAGGGAUGGCCGCGGUGGGCGCGCUUCAUGGUCAAGGACUGGCAUUAUGAGGACAAAGGCCGUGCUCAUGCCGAGUUUGGCGAGGUGUUCCUCGUGGUUUCCCCGGGAGGCCUGGUCUGCUACGUCGGUAAUGCAAAGACUGCGAUGAAUGUCGUUUCCCGAAGGAAAGCGUUUGUCAAGCCGCCAGAGAAGAUGAAAAUGCUCGAACCCUUCGGUCCAAACGUUGUCUCUACAGACGGCGACCUGUGGCGGUUCCAUCUGCGCAUCACGCUGCCACCCUUCGGCGAAGCGGUGCAGCAGCUUGUGUGGGAGGAGACGGAGAGACAGACCGGCAUGAUGGCUGCGUCGUGGGCCAAGAGCAGCGGCGCUGGCUCGCUCAAGCACAACAUUUACACGCUGACCGUCAACACCAUGUCCCUGGCUGGGUUUGGGAGGCAGGCGGAUUGGGUGGAGGACUCGAAGGCUGUACCGCAAGGCCACAGCCUGUCGCUGGUCGCUGCCAUCUUUGGCGUCGUCAUGCAUCUGCCGCACAUCCUGCUCAUGCCCAAGUGGCUGCUCCGCAACUCGCCCUGGAAGAUAGCGCACACGGCGUAUGUUGAGUUUGAGCAGUACAUGAAUGAGCUGCUUGCGGAGGCCAAGGCGGGUUUGCAGCGCGGGGUUAAGACGGAGUCGGGUGCAGCGAGGGAAAAUCUGCUGACUGCAGUGCUGAGGUCGAGUGAGGAGGGUGCCAAGCAGGCUGUAGCUGGCCCGGGAGGAAGGACAAGCCUGACCGAUGAGGAGAUUAAGGGCAAUGUGUUUAUUUUUCUGCUGGCUGGCUACGACACCACAGCCAACACCAUCCUGUUUUGCUGCAUCAUGUUAGCGCUGUAUAGUGAUGUGCAGGAUCAAAUCAUCGAAGAGGCGGAUAGAAUCCGCAAGGAGGCGCGGGAAGCCGGUCGCGAGGAGCUGUCGUACACCGAAGACCUGCCCAAGUUUCGGUACCUGAUCGCAUUCAUGUACGAGGUAAUGCGCGUCUUCCCCAUCGUCAUCCCCAUCGGCCGCACAACAGUCGAACCGCAAGACCUACUCGUCCACGACAGCAUCACCGGCACCACACGAAACGUAGCUCUCCCAGCCAACACCGGUGUCAUCGUAAACAACACAGCCAUCCACUACUCGGAAAAAAACUGGCCUUCACCUCACAUCUUUGAACCCCGGCGAUGGCUGGUCAACGAGCCCAACACGUUUGAUCCAUCCCAGCCGGUGUCAGCAGCCCAGGAAACCGAGAUCAAAGCAGGCACUGCUUCAAUUCCGGGCCAUAUCAAGGGAACCUUCAUGACGUUCAACGAAGGUCCGCGGGCGUGUCUGGGCAGGCAUUUUGCACGGGUGGAGUUUGUCGCGUUUUUUGCAAGGCUGCUGAGGGAUCACCGUCUGCGACUUGAUGACGGGGUUUCGGCGGCCGAAGUUGAGCGGACGAUGAGGCUUGUCAGUGGUGGUUCGCCUGUUACGCUUAUUCCGCCGGAGGAUGUGCCUGUGUGUUUGGUUCCUAGGGGGAAUGAUAUGAUGCGAGUGAUCAGGGAGGAGUGGGUUGUAGAUGGGUGAGAUUAUGAGAUGCUUGUGGAUGCAGUUGAUGUUUUUAGCAUGGUUACAGGGCUCAGUGCAGACUGCAGAGGAAUUCCAAUCGAUUAUGUAACUUACAGUAACAAAA